AUAAUCCUGUCAGAUAUAAAACACCAAAGUGAAAGAAGGAAAAAAAGAAGUCCGAGAGAGAGCCUCUAGAAGUUAAAAAAGUGAUUGCGUUGCCGCCUCUCUUCUCACUGCAGAUCCCAGUGCCAGAGAGAAGCGCCUUCGCUGUCCCUUUCAACUCUCCAGAAUUUUCGAAAAACGUAGAAAUCAAAAACACAAAAGUACUUAGGGUUUUAUUUUCGGUUGUAGGCCUUUCUUCUUAUAGCGAUGUCAGGUAUCCAUCGAUCCUCAAGCGCGCCGCAUAAACACGGCGGCCUUCCUCCUCAAGAACUUCUCGAUGAUCUCUGCAGUCGAUUUGUGUUGAAUGUGCCUAAAGAAGAUCAACAAUCAUUUGAGAGGAUUCUGUUUCUUGUGGAGUACGCACAUUGGUUCUACGAGGAUAAUUCAGUGGAAAAUAAUCCAUCACUGAAGUCAUUAAAUUUGAAGGAGUUCACUUCAUUACUUUUUAACAGUUGUGAUGUACUUAGACCUUAUGUUGCUCACUUAGACGACAUAUUCAAGGAUUUCACUUCUUACAAGGUUCGAGUUCCGGUAACUGGGGCAAUCAUUUUGGAUGAAACGUAUGAACGGUGCAUAUUAGUGAAGGGAUGGAAAGGGUCAAGUUGGAGUUUUCCAAGAGGGAAAAAAAACAAAGAUGAGGAAGAUCACACAUGUGCCAUCCGAGAAGUCCUGGAGGAAACAGGUUUCGAUGUUUCAAUGCUUCUUAACAAAGAUGACUACAUUGAACUGAUAUUUGGACAGCAGAGGGUGCGGCUCUACAUAAUUGCCGGUGUCAGAGAUAAUACUGCCUUUGCCCCUCAAACAAAAAAGGAGAUUAGUGAAAUUGCAUGGCAUCGGCUUGAUGAUCUUCAGCCUGCUAGUGAAGAUGUGAUAUCCCAUGGGGUCACUGGUCUAAAGCUUUACAUGGUGGCUCCUUUUUUGGCAUCUUUGAAAAAAUGGAUUUCAGCACAUAAGCCCCCUAUUUCUCCAAACCCUGAUAUGCCUCUCAAAGGGAUCUGUGUGUGGAAAGCGAAGAGCAGUUCUAUAGGAAGUAACACAAUGAUUCUGGAGAAUCAAUCAACUAAACCUGCAACUGAUUCUCAUCCUCCUGACACAGGCCCAGGCACAAGCUUCAGGAACUUCAGAUUCAAUACUGCUGCUAUCUUGCAAGCAAUGGAAGCUGGUUUUUCAAAUUAAAGGUCAAACAUUUUUUUUUGUAAAUCUUGAACAUUCACAUAGCUGCUUGGGUUUCAACCAUUCCAUCUGUAUUAUCAGAGAGCAUUAAGCACAUACUCCAUGGAAAAUUAGUUGUUGUACCAGCGUUACAUUGUCUGUUAGAUUAUCAGAUUUGGUUGCUGUGCAUAUUCUGUACAGAAUCACUUUCAAGGAAAUGGUGCUUUGUUAUUUUUCAUCA